CCCACAACGCCCCCCCCCACCACAAACACACACUCACACACACAUGCACGCUCAGGCACGCGCCUCCCGCCAGAAGAGGCUGAUUAGCUUGUGAGAGCUGUCUACAUCAUCUGGGGAGACGGAGCACAAGGCGGCGAAGCAAGGCAGCGCCUGAUCGCUGUAGCCAGACGCCUCCGUGGGUGGAUUCGAGACAUUUGGGGGCUGGAUACAGCAGUGCUGGACGCGCUGGGGGCUGCAGCUAGGGCUCCUUACUGGAGUGGGAUCGCUGCACACACACUGGGAACGCUCGUUGGGCCCGGCUUGGAGCUCCAGGGUGGGGGAGGGGCAGCAGACCCACAGAGAGCGUGCGAAAGACAGGCUGUUUUUCCAGACCUCUGCCUGGCUGGGAUAUUGGAGCGCUUAGAUUAGGCCCCCUGCUCUCUUUCUGUAUCCUCCUUUCCUCCAUUUGCAUCUGCUGCUUUUUCCUCUGUGUUCUGUGUCCCUGUUAGCAUCCAUCUGGCUGUGUUGUUUUCUUCGAUUUUACCCCAUCAUCUCAGACUCUUGCUCGCUCGUUCUGUCUCAUCUGCUUGUUCCUAGUUUCUGUCACCUUUGUGUUCUACAUCUUUCGCUACGCUGUCUCUGUCCUCCUUCCUCCCCACUGUCUCCUCUCUCUGUGCCCUUCAGACGAUCCCGUGUCUCUCACCCGAGUUCUCCAUCUUUGGCUGUCCUCUUCUCUCCCUUCCUGCUGGAUUUGGGUCAGUCAUACUCCUCCUCCAUCGGGACAAGAUGUAGCCCCUUGGCCUGUGGUUCCAGGCGGCUCAUGGCGAGCCGUUUGCAGGACCGCCCUCUGCGCUCAUCCUGACAGCCUGGUCUGGAACCUGAAGUCUGCAUGAUAGAAAUAGAGAUGCCCUGAGCAAGUACCUGCUGUUGGACUCUAGGGCUGCAACAAUUAGCUGACAAAAUCAUCAAUGAUGUAGACUACAGAAAAAUGCUCUAUGAUGCCGUACAGAGUUUAUAUGAUAAGUGUGGUCAUUCAGACAAAUUGCAAUACCCUACAGGAAGUGCUGGGGUCGAUAUGGCUUCUGUUGUUUUAUUGCACCACAAAAGAAGAAACUGCCAGCCAGCCAGCCAGAACUUUGAAUGAUGGCGGCGGCAAAGGAAGAGGAAGUGAAGGAGUCAUAACAGUGUGAGAAGUCAUUAUAGAACAAUAGUACAUAGAUUAACUGAUUCUAGAAAAAACGUUAGUUGCAGCCCUACCAGCCUGUUGCCGCCCCUUGCCGGGCCAAAGCCGUCGCCGCUCUGGAGCGGCCUGGCCGGUCCGGUUGCGGCCUCAGCGCCCACGCCCUGACUGCGCCUGCAUGCCACUGGGGUUCUCGUCCCACUCCGGCCACUCCGCUGCACUACCGUGCCUCCUGCCUGUGCCAGCGGCCUGCACCGUCUGCUGUCUCACUCAGGAUGGGUGUGGCGGAGGCCCUUGAGCCGACUGUCUCUCCUCGUCGUCAUUCAUCUGCCUCCGGGACCUACAGGCUGCCCACUUCCUCCAGCUACAGCAGCCUUCAGGGGAGGGGAGGGGCAGAGCUGGAGCUAGGGGCCGCUGCUGCUGGUGGCGUGCUUGAUGGAGGAGGGCAAGCCGCUGAGCGUAGGACCCCCCUGGUGGACCUGUUCUGCGAGACAUGUUCCAAACCAUGGCUUAUUGGAUGGUGGGACCAGUUUAAGAGAAUGCUGAACAGGGAGCUGUCUCAUCUGUCUGAGAUGAGCCGUUCAGGGAACCAGGUGUCUGAGUACAUCUCAACUACCUUCCUAGACAAGCAGAACGAAGUGGAGAUCCCAUCUCCAACGCUGCGGGAGCGUGAGAAGCCCAUGUGCCAUAUCAGCGGCGUGAAGAAGCUGACGCAUAGUUCCAGCCUGACCAGUGCUGCCCUGCCAAGGUUCGGCAUCAAGACUGAGCAAGAGGAUGCACUGGCCAGGGAACUAAAUGACUUGAAUAAGUGGGGCCUUAAUAUCUUCCGCGUGGCUGAGUUUUCCAAUAACAGACCUCUGAGCUGCAUAAUGUUUGCCAUCUUCCAGGAAAGGGAUCUCUUCAAGACAUUUCGUAUCCCUAUGGACACAUUCAUUACCUAUGUGAUGACGCUAGAGGAUCACUACCACGCCAAUGUGGCUUACCACAACAGCUUGCAUGCAGCUGAUGUUACACAGUCAACGCAUGUGCUGCUGUCCACACCGGCACUGGAUGCUGUCUUCACUGACCUGGAAAUACUAGCCGCAUUGUUUGCUGCUGCCAUCCAUGAUGUGGACCAUCCAGGGGUUUCCAACCAGUUCCUCAUCAAUACCAAUUCUGAGCUGGCUCUGAUGUACAAUGACGAGUCUGUUCUGGAGAACCACCAUUUGGCGGUAGGCUUCAAACUGCUCCAUGAGGAGAACUGUGACAUCUUUCAGAACCUGACCAAGAGGCAGCGACAGAGCCUCCGCAAGCUGGUCAUUGACAUGGUGCUGGCAACAGACAUGUCAAAGCACAUGAGUUUGCUAGCAGACCUAAAGACAAUGGUGGAGACCAAGAAAGUGACCAGCUCAGGAGUGCUACUACUUGAUCACUACACUGACCGUAUACAGGUUCUGCGAAACAUGGUGCACUGUGCUGACCUCAGCAAUCCCACCAAGCCUCUGGCAGUGUACCGGCAGUGGACAGAGCGCAUCAUGGAGGAGUUCUUCAGGCAGGGAGACAAGGAGCGUGAACGUGGCAUGGAGAUCAGCCCAAUGUGCGAUAAACACACUGCAUCUGUGGAGAAAAGUCAGGUGGGCUUUAUUGACUACAUAGUGCACCCCCUGUGGGAGACCUGGGGUGACCUGGUGCACCCCGAUGCUCAGGACAUCUUGGAUACCCUGGAGGACAACAGGGACUGGUAUCAGAGCACCAUCCCCCAGAGCCCCUCCCCUCCUCCACUGCCAGACAACGAACUCGACUCCUGCAUAGACAAGUUCCAGUUCGAACUCACUCUGGAAGGGGAGCCAGCCCAAGUAGUGAGACCAAACCACAACCACGUGGAAGAUGACGUGCUGGAGAUGCCAGAAGACCAGAAGGAAGGGGCAAAGCUUGGGGCUGGUGGGGAGGAUGGAGAAGGAGAGGAGGUGGCAGUGGAGAGGGUGGGGAGGAGGCGACUGCAGGUUCAGUCGGUGGUGGAAGAGGAGGACGAGGAAAGACAUUCAGACGGGAGUCCUGUGGAGGAAGCAGAGGAUGAAGAGGUAUUAUCCUCUCCUGCCGAUGAUACGUGAGGCUUAGCAACUGUCCAGCUCGUCGCAGAGGAGCAUGGAACAUAGAAUAUCCUAUGAGAACUGUCUCUGUCCCUUACCCCUUACCCAUCCUGUCCACUCCCUGGAUCUGAUGGGCAAGCCAUGAACAAAACAAUACUUGUGCACCAACUCAAUAAGACAUUUAAUUUUAUUUUUCAAAAAAAGGGAACAAAGUAAUAUUGCUAUCAGAGAAGUAACACAGCAACUGUAGAUUUGGAACGGGUGCUGGGGCCCUUCCAGAAGAAGGUAAGAGGUUAUGUGAAGGAAAUCAAUUUUAGGGGAGUUUAAAAUGGGCCAUUUAGAAAGUGUAGCACUCUGAAAUUUCCACACAAACACAUACACAUACAGACUUGAGCAUUCACAUGCGCGCGCACACACACACAGACAGAUCACAUGCAUUCCCAUGCACACAACACUUGCAGGUUAAUCUACCACACCGCACCAUACAAUAUCUCUGCACACACCCAGAUGUGUGUCUGUGUAUGUGUUUAGGGGGGAGCUUGGAUUCAGAAGGGAUCUCUUUGGAAAAAGCCAUCUCAAAUGGAGUACCAACUAGUAUCCGUAUCAAUAGCGUCAGCAGUUUUUUUUAACAUAUUCUUAACAGGGACUGAAAUCCUCAGAUAUCCUAUGAUUAGUUCAAUCAGAGUGACUUGUUUUCCAUUUCUGUCGGAAAGAAUACCCUAAGGACCCCGCUGCAGGAAGACAGGGAGCUAAGCAUGGUGCUGAGGAGAGAAUGGAUGCAGACGAAGAGAGAAGGAAGGAGGAGGAAGCGCACAAGGCGGGACCUGCAGCAUGGGUCCCAGCCCCUCUUUUCCCUUUACCAGGAGUGCUACCAGUGCAAGAUGGCCACGUGCCUUUCUGAACCACCAGCUUCAGCUCUGGAGCUGCUGUAAAGCAAUGCAUCGUGGGACAGGAGUGUCUGCUUUUGUCUUCAUUUCUUGAUUGUAACCAGUUACUCUCUCUCACGCUGUCGAGCAUGGUUUGUGUUGUGUGUAUGUUGGGAGCAUCCAUGUUUUCUCGUGGAAAACCUUCAUUGCGUAAAGUCUUCCUUGGUUGUUUCUACACUUGUUGAGUAUUUAGGGAACUUCUGAAUUAAGGGACUCACCAUAGCUGUUGCUCGUGGGCUGAUGUCUCCUAUCACCUUACAUGCAACUGAGGAUAGUCACUUUUUUGAGAAUAAGCCAUCUGAUGCUUUGGAACUUAUAGUUUUGCCUUCUUAUGAAUCACAGUUCACUUGUGAAAACAGUGGAAGUUACAGAUUCAUUUCAGCAGCAGCGCAGACUCACACUGGCAGUCUCAUUUUUCACCCACUCAUAUAAUGCAGACAUGCUCCAUCUCAACCAAUAAUAUUCUCCAUUGUGUCUUGCCAAAGGAAUGGGUGGGCAGCUAAUAGGUUGGUUCAGGAAAGUGUCUGAAGGAUGUGAUUGGAGGAGAGGAGGGAGAGUCAGUGGUGUGGACCAAUCAAACUGAGCACAGGGAGUCACAUGCAGCCGUUAUUGGGUUCGAUGCUUUUUUUGCCUUAACACUGCAGGGUUUUCGUAUUUGUCACUAUGUUGACUGAUGAGAUGCUCAUGAAAGAUCCCAGAAUAUCUGUGUUAUGUCUGUAUAUGUCUGUUUAGAUAGUAGGCAACUACACCUAGAUACCCAUCUAGACACACCGCAUCAUCAUCUACACACUCCCUGAAACAUUAAUACCAAGGGAGUGUGCCUCGUCCAACGCACUCUUUUGCACUCUUCCAUUUGAUCUCACACUAUGGGAAGGAGUGGUGUCGUUUAUGAUUAUAUUGGAGUGCAGCUGUCUUUUCACAAAUGCCAAUCAAAGGAGUGAGAGGAUCUUAUUUAUGAUGUCUUUUCGUUCUGCAAUGGAUCUAGCCAACAGUGAAAUAAUGGCUGGGGUGUGUCUCUGAAUGUAGUAUAUGAUAGGGCAGUUGAAGGCAGUGGGUAUUUUGUGAGAAAAAUAAUCCUCUAUACAUUUGGUCACAAGCUGGUUUCUGCUGGUCAGUAGCUUAGCUUCAAGUUUGUGCCUGUUUCAAUAGAACCUUGAGUUCACACCAAUACAAACAUGUGGGUGAAUAAGCAAGAUAAUGUAUGUGACCAGAUGAGGUGUGGCUUGGACACCUUGUGGUAGAGCUGCAGUCUGAGGUUUCUUGAUUGGUCACUAACUUGUGGUUGAUGAGAGUUGUAGCCCAAGGUUACUUGACGGGUUGUCUAAUUGGUGGAUGUUAAGAGUUGUAACCCAGGGUUACCUACUUGGGCCUUGAUUUGAUGGAUGGUAGGAUUGUAACCCAAGGUUACUUGAUCUGGUGGUAAGAACGUUUGCCAUUCCCAUAUGCAUUUGCCUGUCUUACCCUAGAAAAUGCUUUGGUUUGUGGCUUUUCAUGAAUAAUGUAAGCUCUUAAGCAAACAAAUACUAUUUGCCAUUUUAACACGAUACUGUAGCAAUUGUUUCUUAUUAAGAAAUUAUUCAAUUAAUUACUUGCUGCCAUUCUUUUUUGAAUAUCAAAGGGAAAGUGUUUUCUUUGAACAGUUUGUGUACAGUUUUUAUUUUUGUAUCAUGCUGGUUGGUGGUCAUGAUAUCGAAGAACUAAUUAUGAGAAAAUAUAAAUAGUAGAUUUAUCACUGCUUGUUUUGUAUAUAUUGUAAUGUUGGACUGUAAAUUUGAAAUCACUUGGAAUCAAUCAUUGUCACUGACAACUUAUCACUUUUAGUUGUAAUGAAGCGUAGUUAAAGUGUUGAAUUUGCAAAAGCACCCUGCACACUCUUUCUUCCUGACACCUAUCUCUUCUCUGUCAUCUUCCCCCUCACCCUUCCUCUUUUUUUCAGGUUUACAGUAAAGAUCCCACCAUCUUGAACUAGUGUAUAGUUGAAUUGUAUUUGAGAAUAGACUAAUCAGUGGUGAAUUCUAAAACUCGUCUGUACCAGCACUUUAUUUUGCUGUAGGUUGUGAGGUGGCUGAAUUAGGUUAAACGGUGUGUAGGUUCAUGUUUUCGAAGGAUACAGAAACAUCGUUGCACAGGGGAGGCACUCCUUAUGGCUUGGUCCCAAACCUUUUGGCCAUACCGACACUCUCUUCCUGUUGCUUGACAAAGACAAGCUAGUCUGCAUUAAUAAUCCACAUUGCGAUGGCUGACAGUCCUGGGAUUUUAAAUAUUUCAAGUGUUUUUCAAGCAGCAGCCUGUGACACUCAGAUUGAUUUGGGGAAGAAUGUGGCUUAACCAGAAAAAGGUUUAUUGGUAAUGAAGUCACUUUCCUCUGAUGAUAAUCCUUUAUGGAAUGACUCUCUGGGCUUUAAUUAAUAUGUUACUUGUUCAUAAAUUAUGAUAAUAUACAGAAAAUAGAAAAAAAAAUUAAAUAAAUGCCAGAAAAUGAUUGUAAUAUUUGUAAAUUACAUUGCUGUAAGGUGUAUAAUGUGUGCAAGUUAUUUUAUAUUAUAUUAUUUUUAUGAAAGGUUGUCCUCUGAGAGAACUGAGCUGUCAUUUUGUGAAUAAAAUGCAUUUAAUAAGCAAAUGGCUAUAUAUAAACAAAUAUAUAUCAGUAUAUUUUUCUUUUCUUUCACUGUUCAGUACUGUAAAGUGUGUUGAAAAUACAAAUAAAGGAUGAUUUUUGUAAUAAAUGUCA